AUGUCUGGUACCCGCACCCUUGUCAACGCAACUGUAAUCUCUGUCUCGAAGCAAGGCCCACCACAACUUCAAACCAGGGAUGUUGAGGUUGAUGCCUUCACCUCUGGUGGACGGCGCAUCCUGUCCAUCGACUGCUCCGCAGUUCGCAUCGAUAUUGCUCCACAACCAGCGACCACCAUCGACGCAAACACGACGCCGUUAAAAGAGGAAGAAGUUGACCUCAAUCUCAUGGAUGUUGACCGCAAGUUCGACGUGUCCAAAGUCACCAAGAAGUUCAAGCAGAUUGGCGAGCCCGGUGGCUCUCAUGGCCCAGAUGACGACGAUGGUUUUGCCUAUGCCUACCCUUCCCCCAAUAGUCCGGACGGUUUGCUCCUGGCUUAUAUCAGGCAGAUUGUCCAUGAAGACCUCCAACGCCCUUCUUCUGAUCGUAUCGAUACUGUCCACAUCAAGUCUCCCGAACGACACCACUGGCUCGCACUCAGCGGGCUAUCUCCAAAGCAUCUCACUCUCAGCACUUGUGACGAGGACAAGGGGGAACUCGCAUCCCUUGACCGCCUCGAACAGCCCUGGACCGAGCUCGAAAGUCUUCGCUUAGAAGACAUCCACGAAACACUCUGGGACCCAGAGGACUGGGCCACAGCCGUGUCCACCGUCAGCUCCGUCACCCUCGCGCAUUGCAAAUCUACCCGUCUCGUUCCGACCACCAAAUUCCCCAACCUCACCAAGCUACGUAUCAUCGAGAAUGACGCGCUUGCGACUUUCGUGCUCGCGGCCGAGAAGGUCACUGGGUUUUCCAAGCGGCUCGAGGUCCUCCACCUGCAAAGCACCGAUGGGCGCGACGUCAAAGGUCAAUCGGCGCGCAAGCGCUUCCUGGAAAGGCUUCGCAAGUGCACGCGUCUCCGUGAGCUUACGCUUGUCCUUGCGCGGGCAGACCAGGACAUUGGGCUCGUACAUCACAUUCCCUCAUCCGUGGAGAACUUCAAUUUCCAUUGCUCGUGCUCGGUCACUAUGCUCGAAGACCUUGACGACUGGCUUAAGAAGGCGAGGGAUAGCAAAUGGCUUCCCAACCUCAAGAGCUUCACUUUCCGCGCUGACGCACACUCGUUCGACACGCGCCGCACUGAGGGUAGCGAGAUAGGCUCCCGCAUCCUCGAUGUGCCAGUCCCUCCCAAACUUGAGGAAGACGAAGGCAACCUAUCGACCGACGUGGCAGACACAUCGGUAGACAGCAUCGACAUUGCCGAGGUAAACGCGCGCAAGGUACUCAGCGCAGAGGAUCUUGAGGAUGACGACGAGGACGAUGAGGACUACAUGGAUAACUCUUUCGACCCGGAUGAGCUGAGCGAGGAGGAGGAUGACGAUGACGAUGACGACCCAGAGAUCAAAAUGGAGGAUGACGACGACGACGAGGACCUCGAGUUCGCUGCGGCAGAUGACCACAACCCAAUUUUACUCCCUCACAUCUCCUCUCUGAUUGCAACUGUUUUGCAUAGACUGAAGGAGCGCAACCCUCAGCUUGAAAUUGUUGGCUGA